UUACAACAACAAAAACAACAAUUCUUUGCUCCAGCAAAAAUUAAGAAAGGGCGAGAGAGGAAGCAAUAAAGAAGAAGAGAACUGGCGACCUAAAAAGAUGAUCGGCGACGGCAUUCGAAGGUAUUAUGAUAAUAUGAUCAGUGACAGAGAGUACUUAUCCUUCACCGGCAAUCUCUGUCACUACUCAUGUGAUCAUGGACCUCCAAUUUUAACUCAUUUAAAAUUUAGGGUUUUCUCCGAAUUUGGGCCUUUUUAUUUUGGGUCUGAAUUGAAGUAAUUCAAUGCAAUUAAUUGGGGGAUUCAAGUCGAAUUAUGACUCUUAUGCCCGGUAAGAUGUUAAUGUCAAAAAAUAUUUUUUAAAUUUUAGUUUUUUACUUUGAUUCUUGGGCAUGAACGAGUAAAAUAUUGAAUCGUUAGAAUCGGGUUUGGAAUCGCGAUCCUACAACGAUCCUAACCCAAUUGCGACUUCGACCACGAUCCGGAUCGUUUUGACAAUUCUGGAUCGCGAUUAACAGUGGUAAUCACACACCCUUUUUAUCUUCCCAGAAUUUCACCAUCAAAAUCCCCUAAAUGACUUUUGUAAAUUUCUUCCCACCUUCAAAUUCAAUUCAUUUUUCCAGAAAAAUAUCAAGCCCUCUAAAUUUCCCAAUUAAUCAUUUUUCCAGAAAAAUUCCAAACCCUCUAAAUUUCCCAAUUAAAUCAAUCAAUCUUUCUGGAAUUUUUUUUUUUUUGAUGGUGAAAGAGUGGGGAUUUGUUAUAUGUGAAAAUAUAUAGAGAGGGGUGGCAACAGUCAUGGAGGAGAUAGAGAGAGAAAGAGGUUGAAUAUGGAACGUAUAGGGAGAAGAUGAGAAUGAGAAGUACUGAUAAAUUAGAUUGGACUAUUGAUUUUGUGAUUAAUAUAUUUCGUGGAAAUGAAAAAAAUUCCUUGGGCUUUUUUCACUUAAUUUGGGCUCUAAAAAUCCCGCUAUUGCAAGCUAAAUGGCGCCAUUUCACCAAAAAGUUCCCCCCAUCUUUCCUUAGCUUUCCCCCCAAAAUGAAAUAUUUACUGAUGUGUUGGCACCAUUCAAGAAACAGGGUAAGCUGACUGGAUUUACCCCCAGGGUAAGUGUAUCAACUCCCUGAGAAAAAGGAAGGAUCAGUAAACAAGUAGAUGGGUUACUUUUACUACGCAAUUAAUGAUUGAGGAAGAUGACUACAAUUAAUAUUCUUUAAUCUGUUCAAUUGUUUAAGGGAUUUAAUUUUUCAGGUUUUGGCUGUUGGUUUUCUAGAGAGCGAGAGCGAGAGCGAGAGCGAGUGAGGGUACUACCGUACUAGGGACUAGGGACUAGGGAGAGAACCUCUCAUCUUCUUACAAAAAUUCAGUUGUUGGGUGAAAGAACCUCUCGUCUUCGGUCUUCCCAUAUCGCAAGUCACUUUACAUCACUUGCAUAAAUGAAUUUUAGUACGUUGGAAAGUAAUGUAGUUCGUAUUAUAACACGAAUAAAUUGUAAAAAAACAGGAAAAGUAAACCAAUAUUGUAGUACAGGAACUAUUUUCUACGAUGAUGGUGUUCACGCGUUAGUUUUAACAUGUGGACACAAUGUAAAGGAUAAUUUUGUCAAGACUAGAACCGUUAAAUUUCUGGUCUGUGUGGAUGGGAGUUGGGAAAAGGCAAAAUUGAUUACAACAAAAAAGGAUGCGGAGAAAGAAAUAGGCAUUCUCACUUAUAAAUCCAAUCCCCUGAAUAUCAAAGAAAAACUUGAAUUUGCAGAGAAUUGUGUGGCACGUCAAAAGCUCCAUUUGAUAUCACAUCCUAAUGGGUACGAAAGGAAAACUCGUGCAGAAGGCCGAGUUCAUUCUAUACAACUCCCUAGUGAAAAGUAUGAUGUGAAAAAUCUUAUUGAAUGUGAUGUCAAGGUGGGACCCGGUUCUUCUGGGGGCGCCUUAGUGGAUGACAAUAGUAGAAUUGUGGGUAUUAUUUUUUCCGCAAACUUCAUUCCCUGUUUUGACGAGGAUCUUGAUAAGGAGUCAACCAGAUACAAAGCAUCACAUGGACUACGACUUGGGAUUCCCGUUCAACAAGUAUUUAAAGUUAUCUCGGAUUUGUAUGUAAGUGUAUUUCAAUUUGAGUAUUUUCAAGUCGUCAAUGCAUCAAAUGUGGAGGAUGUUCUCAAAAACAUUUUGAGAGAUAUUUUUAGUGAUUAUCCUCCUGAAGAUGAUCAGUCUGAAGAUGAACAAUCCGAAGAUGAACAAUCUGAAGAUGAACAAUCUCAUAAACUAUGUGUCGAAAGCAUUUUGGAAGAUUCAGAUGACACAUCCAUCGUAUUGUUAUGGUGUCGUGUUCCAACAACCAACAUCAACGAUGAGGGUGCUAAGGUUGGUGAAGGAGAAGAGCUCCCUGGUCAUAAGGUAAUGGGAGAUGAUGCUGUAACCAGUCACUCCACAUAUGGUAUUAGGCUUUUAUGUCCUGGUCCCUAUCAAGGCAUUUAUUCAAUUGAGGAGCUUGUGCAACUAAGUCAUAAGCACCCCAAUCCAUCAGCCAUAGUCAGUGUUAAACUUGUGUCUGAAGCUCGUGUCAGAGUGGUUGGUGCUGGGGUUGUCAAGAGGCAUGUUUUGAUUCCUGAACAUGAAGGUGGUACUGGAGCUUCUCGAUGGACAGACACACAGAAUGAUGGGUUUCCUUGGGAGAUUGGCCCUGCUCAAACUCUGGUUGCUAAGUAUUUUCAAGGUCACUCAGUUCUUCAAACAGACUGUCAACUGAAAACAGGAAGGGUAGAUUUUUGUUUCAGCAUUGUUUCCCUCAUCACACUCGGAUGCAUAAUGAUGAGAAAGUGCCAUAAGAACACCCGUUCUGUGGGCAUUGUUACAAUGGAUCCUGUUCUCUGGGCAAAGUUUGCUGGUGAGCCUGUCCAUGUAAUCAACUUCUUCUUCAUGCUAGCAGAGGAGUUCAAAGAGAUUAUGUUUCAACUAGGAUUCAGGAAGCUUGAUGACAUGGUUGGGCGUUCAGUUAUGCUUCAAGUUAAUGAAGAAAUGAUGAACCGCAAUGAGAAGCUCAAGAACAUUGAUCUCUCUCUUUUGCAGGAAAAGGAGUUAGUAGAUGUGUUCAAGUGUCCUUCCUGGGUUCCUGAUGUGCAAGAACAUCCUGGUUUUGUUGCAUAUGAGUGUGAAGUGAUUCAGUGUGAUAAUGGGAAUGAAAGAAUGAAAGACUUUACGGAGGUUAUUCAAUCUGCUCGGUGCAUGGAUUGUGGUACUACAAAACCAAGAGAUCUUCUUAUUGAAGGGGGGGACUUGUCCGGAAUUCAUUUUUCCAUGGCAUUCUUACAUGCAAAUACUAAGAGCUUGCUUGACAGUAAUAUACAAGAUGGUCAAUAUAUCUCUGCCAAUUGCAUUUGUACAUCUAUUCGACCCUUGGCCACAGGAGAACCCAAGAAUGAGGCCGGCUUUGAAGGACAACUGGACAAAUGUGAUGCUUCAGCAGCCACAAAGCACAAAGUGAUUGAUUAUGCAUGCUUGAGUCACAAAAGAGCAGUGGUCCUCUUCCUUAAUUAGUUAAUUAGUUAGGGUCUGAUGAUAAACAUUAUUCUAACUUAGUUGAUUUUCUUUAGUAGUAUUCGGCUUUUAGUAGAUUGUCUUAGAAACACUAAACAAGCUUGAUGCCUUGAUAAGGCGUUUAACUUUCCACGAUAGUUAGGACAAUAUGUUAUAGUGCUGGCUUGUCAUGCAUUUGGGAGGCUGUUGAAGCACAAUAUGUUAUAUUGCUGGCUUGGCCUACUUUGUUGGAUUAUAUCUUCUUAUUUGUUGUUUUACGGGGCUGAA